UAUUCUGCUGAAAAAUAAAACCAAAUAAACGAGGAACUUCCGAGACCUCUUCUCCGUUUCCCUCCCAUUCUGGGACUCUCGGUUCUCCCCUCCUCUCUUCUCCCAAGCUCCAUUACCUUUUUCCGGAUCGAAAGCCAAAGCCCUAACCCUAAAUUUCGAAAACCCUAGCUCUCCCAGGGCUCGAAUGUCGGAAUUCCUUCCCCAUUCGCAUCGAUCGAGCUUCUAAUCUUGUUCUUCAUUACGAUAUCCAGCAAGAAUUCCUGAUCUAGGGUUUCAGAUCUCCGUCAAGAACAUGAGAUCUGGAACCAAAAUCCGGCUUCUUUUGGCCUUACUCUCGAUCCUUUCUUUCUUGGCGAUCCCCUCGGAAUCGGCCGUCGCGAGCAUAGAUCUCGGCUCCGAAUGGAUGAAGGUGGCAGUGGUGAACCUAAAGCCCGGCCAGAGCCCGAUCUCCAUCGCUAUCAACGAGAUGUCCAAGCGGAAGUCCCCGGCCCUCGUCGCCUUCAAUGGCGGUAAUCGUCUCGUCGGCGAGGAGGCCGCCGGGAUCGCGGCGCGGUACCCCGACAAGGUCUACUCCCAGGUGAGGGACAUGAUUGGGAAGCCGUACAAGCACGUCAAAGAUCUCGUCGAUUCCCUCUACCUCCCCUAUAGUUUAGUGGAGGAUUCCAGAGGGGCAGUUGGAAUCAGGAUCGAUGACGGCCUCACCGUCUACACGGCGGAGGAGUUGCUUGCGAUGGUCCUUAGUUAUGGGAUGAGCUUGGCUGAGUUGCACGCGGGGAUUCCGGUGAAGGAUGCCGUGAUCUCCGUGCCGCCGUAUUUUGGGCAGGCGGAGCGGAGGGGAGUGCUUGACGCGGCGCAGCUUGCGGGGAUCAACGUGUUGUCUCUCAUCAACGAGCAUGCUGGUGCUGCUUUGCAGUAUGGGAUUGAUAAGAAUUUUUCGAACGAGUCCCGGCAUGUCAUAUUUUAUGAUAUGGGCUCAAGUAGUACUUAUGCUGCCCUGGUUUACUUCUCGGCAUACAAUGCAAAGGAAUUUGGGAAGACCAUAUCUGUUAACCAGUUCCAGGUCAAGGAUGUUAAAUGGAAUGCUAAACUUGGCGGCCAAGAUAUGGAAUUUCGUUUGAUUGAGUAUUUUGCUGAUGAGUUUAAUAAGCAAGUAGGAAACGGAGUUGAGGUGAGGAAGUCUGCUAAAGCAAUGGCUAAAUUGAAGAAACAGGUGAAGCGUACAAAAGAAAUUUUAAGUGCCAAUACAGUGGCACCAAUAUCUGUUGAAUCUCUGUAUGAUGAUCGUGAUUUCAGAAGCACAAUAACACGUGAGAAAUUUGAAGAACUUUGUGGGGACUUGUGGGAACAGGCUUUGGUUCCUGUAAAAGAAAUGCUCAGAGGUUCAGGCUUAAAGAUAGAUGAUAUUUAUGCAGUAGAGCUGAUAGGUGGAGCAACUCGUGUGCCAAAAUUACAGGCUAAGCUCCAGGAGUUUCUUGGAAGGAAAGAUCUGGACAAACAUCUCGAUGCUGAUGAAGCAAUAGCUCUCGGGGCAUCACUGCAUGCUGCAAAUUUGAGUGAUGGCAUCAAGCUAAACCGUAAGCUAGGAAUGAUUGAUGGCUCUUCUUAUGGCUUUGUACUUGAAUUAGAUGGCCCAGAUCUUGUGAAAGAUGAAAACACUGAUCUUUUACUUGUACCACGAAUGAAGAAAAUGCCUAGCAAGAUGUUCAGGUCUAUCAAACAUAACAAGGACUUUGAAGCUUUUCUAAGUUAUGAAAAAGUGAAUGAAUUGCCUCCAGGAGUUUCUUCUAAUAAGUUUGCUCAUUAUUCAGUAUCUGGUCUGACAGAAGCCAGUGAGAAGUAUUCAACGCGCAACCUCUCUGCCCCCAUCAAAGCAAAUCUACAUUUUUCUCUGAGCAGGAGUGGAGUUAUUUCUCUUGAUCGAGCGGAUGCAGUGAUUGAGAUAUCUGAAUGGGUAGAAGUUCCUAAGAGAAACAAGACAAUCGAAACUAAUGUUAUCAGUAAUCUCAACAUAUCCGCUGAAGCAAGCCCGGAAAACAGUUCAGAAGUCAACAAGGAAAGCUUGGAUGCUGAGAAUGGUACCAAUAACUCCAACUCCACCAUAGAUGAGCAGGGUAGUGCAGAUAUUAUAACAGAAAAGAUAUUUAAAAAGAGAACCUUUAGGGUUCCACUGAAGAUAGUGGAGAAAUCAGCUGGCCCUGGGGCAAUACUUUCAAGGGAUUUGUUUUCUGAAGCCAAACUAAGAUUAGAGGCGCUUGACAAAAAGGAUGCUGAAAGAAAAAGAACUGCAGAACUCAAGAAUAACCUGGAGGCAUAUAUUUAUUCUACAAGAGAAAAGAUUGAGGAUAAUGUGGAGAUAGAGAAAGUUUCAACAGAACAUGAGCGUCAGUCCUUUGUGGAGAAACUUAGUGAGGUUCAAGAAUGGUUGUAUACUGAUGGUGAAGAUGCUCCAGCAAGUGAGUUCAAAGAGCGCCUUGAGUCACUCAAAGCCAUUGGUGACCCAAUAUUUUUCAGAUUGAGUGAGUUAACUGCACGACCAGUUGCUUCUGAACAUGCUCGAAUAUACCUUGAUGAGCUGCAAAAGGUAUGUACUCGUAUUGGAAUUAUGUGUUUUGAGGAGCUACAGGUGCAAGUCUUUCUAGUCAAUGAUAUAUAUAUAUAGGUGUCAUUGGUUAGAAUUUGUGCUCCUAUUCAGAUUACUACUUUAUCUAGUGGGCCUUGGACUUGUGUGAAAGGUUUGCAGAGUAAUAGCAAAGAUCUGUGUAUAAGUUGUAAGAUAACUUAAAGGAAGUUUCUAUUGAUAUGCAAUAUGACGGGAACAAGAUAUGUAAGUAGAUUGAAAAUACCAGAUCCAAAAGCUUGUCUGUCGACUUGGCUGAUGACUAGCAUUCACGAAUCAGACUUGUACAUGUAUGCUAUACAAAAUCAGACAAAAUCUAAAGUUUUAAUUUAAUCUAUUGAGUAAAGGCACAUAUAUAUCAGUGGUAGCACCGGGAAUGGUUUAGAAAGAAACAACUGAUUUUUUUAAUGAAAAUUUAGUUGUGGUUUAACUCACAAAUACUCCUUUGAGAAAUACAUUUAUGUCUACUAUGUGCUCAAGAUUGACACAUAAUAUUAUAAGAAUGACCUUAUUCUAUUGAUGAGCUUUCCAAUUCUCAUGCGCAUGCUAGAGCAAUGAGAUCAAACUUGUGCCUUCAAAUAGGUAUUCUAGUUGUUUAAAUCUCCUCGUCUUCUAUUAAGAAUGUAAUCCAUGUUAGAUGUUGGACAUCAGAUUUAGUUUGAGAUUCUCCCUAUGUUGAAUAAUGCUCAUCUUAAAAAAUGACCAGAAGGAUGGAGAAGACUUGCUUAUCUCUCUUAUUCAGUGUCCUGAAAUUGGACAUAAUCAUGAUCAGCGUGCAUAGUGUUGGUAAAUAUCGGAAAAACUAUGCAAAGAUUGCAUAGGGAAGGUUGAAAGCAUCAUUUAAUGCCCUUGUAUGGGUCAGAGAUUGGAAUGAUGCUUGAACAGUGCAACUUCAUUAUGCUUGGCAAGCCACCCUGUUAAUGUACGGUUGGAAAAGUGCAUCAACAUAACUUUAUUUACUUGUAAUGCAUAGACUAAUUCAGAUGAUUCUGUGGUGAUGGAUAGAUGGGACUAGUAAUUAGAAUAUACUUUUGGUCUAUAUGCACAUCAUCCAUAUGAAACCUUUUUGAUAUGCAUAGCUAUUUCUAGAAGGGAAAAAGAAACCAUUUUGUACACAUGCUAUACUUAUACCGACAAAAGCAACAAGAAAACAUAUUCCACAGAAAAGGGGUUUUCCUCUUGAAUAUCAACAGCUGCCAUGUAAUAUAAUGUUAUGAACUGUACUGUUCUGGUUGAUACACUAGUAUACGGGGCAAUUCUAAUCUAUACUGUACUAUGUUGAUACUCGCCCUUAAGAUAACAAGAGAUUUGUUGUGGCUGUGAGAUAUUGGCACAUUCUUAGUAGUAUGAUGCAAUGUGUUAAAUACUGGUACCUUAAUAUCAUCAGAAGUUCCAGGAAUGACAAAUUCUGAAUUUACAAGUUACAUGCUUGCUAGGACUGCAGCAAAACUUGCGUACAUGCAAACUGUCUUAUAAUUGCUUCACAGUUUCCUGUUUGACAAGUUGUUUUCAAAGCAUUUCAUUUACUGUGUAUGCAACUUGUUAUGUUACUUUUUCAUCCUACUUAUGCGAGAAUAUUUGUUUCUUUAUAUGACUAUAGUUAUGAGUUUUUUUUUUUAAUGCCUGAUCUAGCUUUUUACCUAGAAAAGCAAUUUUUCUGAGCAGAAUAUUCUCGCUGCUUGAUGUGGAAAACUGAUUGUUAUUGAUUCAAUUAUUUAUUUACUAUGGAGGACCUUUUCAACAACAGCAGUGGAUUACUGAUCUGUUCAUGGCUAGACUUGGUUUCAAUUAAACAGUGCUGCUGCAUUGAUUUUUUUCUUUGGAACUC